CAGCAUUCCGCCUCAGCAUUCCGAGAAAAAUCCUCUUUAAGAAAUUCCCCCAAAUCGUCUCGUUAGGGUUUAGCCCUCCCCCGGCAAAUCGCCAUCGUCGUCGUCUUCCUCCUCCUCUCCUCUCUCGAGAAAAUCCGUGUCGGAGGGGAACCCACCGCCACCCAUGUCGUCCUCUCGCAAGAUCGUGCUCGAGAGCUCGGACAAGGAGUCGUUCGAGGUGGAGGUGGCGGUGGCCCUGGAGUGCCAGACCAUCAAGCAUAUGAUCGAGGACGACUGCGCCGGCGACGGCAUCCCCCUCCCCAACGUCUCCAGCAAGAUCCUCUCCAAGAUCAUCGAGUUCUGCCGCAAGCACGUCGACGCCGACCGCGAACGCGCCGGCUCCGCCUCCCCCGCCGCGGCCGACGACGAGCUCAAGGCCUGGGACGCCGAGUUCAUCAAGGUCGACCAGGCCACGCUUUUCGAUCUGAUCCUGGCGGCGAAUUAUCUGAACAUCAAGGGCUUGCUGGAUUUGACCUGCCAGAAUGUGGCAGACAUGAUUAAGGGGAAGACCCCUGAGGAGAUUAGGAAGUCAUUUAACAUCAAGAACGACUUCACGCAAGAGGAAGAGGAAGAGGUUCGAAGGGAGAACCAAUGGGCCUUUGAAUGAAAAGAAGUGCUCAAUUAAUCUGAAUCGAGAUCAGGAAGUCAUUUAACAUCAAGAACGAUUUCACGCCAGAGGAAGAGGACCUUUGUAUUAUAUGUGGUCUUUCUUUUAUUUUAUUUUUAAAACAUAUUUUAAUGAGAUGAUGACUCUGUUUCUUGGUUGCUGCAAUGUAUUAAGGCCACUUUUUCACCUGUUACAUUUUGGUCAUGCA